ACACAGAUAUCUAUAUAGUAACGGCUGUUUUGAACAGAUUUCGGCACGCUAUAAAAUGAAUCGAAAAAGGAGUACUUCGGUCAUGGGGUAUAAACAGACAAGAUGGUUAUCGUACUUUUUAGUUGCGCGUCGUAAGAGGGCGCCGAAAGUGACGUUUGACAUUUCCAGCGAGUUUCCGCUCUAUUGAAUUCUCGCUGAGCAGCGACAGUACUUUCUAUACCCCAAUUGGAGAGCAUUCCGUCUGCUUCCGUCUGCCAAUUGAUUAGCUGUGAUGGCUAUAGUGUAUAUAUCGUGAUCGAAUUAUCCUAAGUUCUGUGAACAAGUGUAAUCAGUGUAAAAUCGGAGAUACGCGAAAACGCGUAAAGAUAAUAAACAAACAUGGUUCAACAAUAUCAGUCACCCGUACGGGUUUACAAGCAUCCGUUCCCUCUUGUCAUGAUGGCAUACGAGCGUAGAUUUCCAACAUGUCCACAAAUACCAGUUUUUAUUGGAUGUGAAGUCAUGUUAGACGAGGAAAGCCAGGAUGGUGCUGUUAGAACCACGGAAAGACGGUGUAAAUUAAAUGUUGAGGCACCUUAUAUCUUGAAAAAGAUAAUUGGUGUAGAUUUUGUAUUCUUCAUUCAAAGAAAUGUUUUAGAUAGGCGCAAUAAUGUUUUAGAAAUAGAAGCAUACAACGAAAGUUUUGCCACUAGGGUAACAGUUAUUGAAAAAUGUAGAUAUUUUAUUCAUCCUGAAAAUUCAGAAUGGACUUGCUUUGAACAAACAGCAAGUUUAGAUAUUAAAAAUUUUUUUGGUUUUGAAAAUUCAAUGGAAAAAUUAGCAAUGAAGCAAUAUGCUCAAAAUAUUGCUAAGGGUAAGGAAAUCAUUGAAUUCUUCAUAAAUCAAAUGAAGGAAGAAGGUAUUACCUUUGUUUCUCCUUGGAAAGAUCCACAAGAAGGAUCUUCUGAAGAGGAAAAGAAAAAUGUGGUCGAAAAUAAUGAGUUAUAUAGUGACAAAGAAUUAUAUAAUGCCGACAGCAAACUGCCCAGCAACAGAGAGAUGCAACUAUCUUCGGAUUAUAUAGAGAGAUAUUUAGGAAAAUUAGAUAUGAUACAGGAAAGCAAAUUAGUUCAACUUAGACAUAGCAUAGAAGAAUUGAGGGGAAGCUCGGUACCGGGUUACGCAACGCUCCUACGUUUCCUAAGGGCAACUGAAUUUUCUGUCGAAAAGGCCAGAGAAAUGUUAACACAGUCCUUACACUGGAGAAAGAAACAUCAGAUCGAUAAACUUCUCGAUGAAUACGAAAUGCCGCAAGUAGUUAAAGAUUAUUUUCCUGGUGGUUGGCAUCACUUUGAUAAAGAUGGACGACCUUUAUAUAUCUUAAGACUGGGUCAAAUGGAUGUCAAAGGCUUACUUAAAUCGAUUGGGGAAGAUGAAUUGUUAUUAUUAGCUUUACAUAUCUGUGAAGAAGGUCUACACUUGAUGGAAGAAGCUACUACUGUUUGGGGACAUCCAGUGUCUCAAUGGACUCUAUUGAUAGAUUUAGAAGGUUUAAAUAUGCGACAUUUAUGGAGACCUGGGAUAAAAGCAUUAUUGAGAAUAAUAGAAAUAGUUGAGGCAAAUUAUCCAGAAACAAUGGGAAGGGUUUUAAUCAUACGUGCUCCCAGGUGCUUCCCUAUUUUGUGGACACUUAUCAGCACUUUUAUUAACGAAAAUACUAGGAAAAAGUUUAUUUUCUAUUGUGGUUCAGACUACCAGGAACAAGGUUCUGGAGGUCUUAGUGAAUACAUUAAUCAAGAAUUUAUUCCUGAAUUUCUUGGUGGUUCCUCAGAGACUUACAUAAUGGAAGGUGGAGUGGUUCCGAAGAAUUUGUACAGAGUGGAUCUGGAGGGUACUUCCGGUGAACAUGAACAUAGUUUAUAUCACUCCAUUAGUUUGAGCCGUGGCCAAACUCAUCAUGUGUUCAUAGAAUCAGAUGAUCCAGGUGCUGUUUUGACGUGGGAUUUUGAUGUAAUGCGACAUAAUGUUGUAUUUACAGUACUUCACAAAUCGCGAAAUAGCGAAAAUGGUACUAUUGCAGAAAUCCCAGAGCUUGCAAUAGGUGGUGACCAUGAAGUUGCAAAGGAACUAAAAGAUAAUUAUGUUAAAGUCGAACCUAGUAUAGUUUGUCAUGAUGGUGAAAGCAUCCAAGGAACGCAUAUCAUGCAAGAUACAGGUACCUAUAUAUUACAAUGGCAAAAUCAAGAAGACCAAACCGAAUUUCUUCCAUCUAUUAGUUCUCAUAAAGCUCAACUUAUGUAUUUUUAUGAGACAUUGCCAUCUGCACAUUACAGGGGUUCAAUGAUGAGUUUACAGUCUGCUAGUGGAAGAUCAGAGGCUAGUUCAUCAUUAUCCAGAUGAAAAGCAAUGGAAGUGAACGUUGAAUUGCAAGAGACAUAAAGUCAUCUUAUAUAUUUUUAAUAUUUUAAUGGUAUAUAUUAUUAAAAAACACGAAAUCUCUUUUAUUUGUAUUUAGGAAAGCUGAACUGCAAUUCAGAUUUUAAUUAAUCUAUUUUAAUUUUUUUGACGCGAUUGCUUCUAUAUACAUCACCAAUCUAAUUCUCAAGCCUAAAAUACUCACAUUGACAAUUACGAAACCAAUGUUAUAUUAUAGUUGUUAAACAAUAAUACAGUAUAUAUUAAUGUUAUCUACUUAAACUUUAUUUUCAUAUAAAGAGAGGAAAUAUGUAGAAGAAAUUUAGUACUCAGAAUAAGAUCUUGUACAUUUGAUAUAGAUCAUAUUGCAAUAUAAAGAGUAAAGACACCGUUGCAAGAGCACCCUAUAAUUUCCAGCUCUAAAGUAGACGGUAAUACAAAUUGUGCAAUUGAA